AUGGAAGGAGGAGGAAGAAGAGUAGUAGUCAGUAAUUACGAUCUACAACAAGUGACAUCGUCUUCGACGACGAUUCAAGAGAAUAUGAACUUCCUCGUUCCUUUUGAGGAAACUAAUGUCUUAACCUUCUUCUCUUCUGCUUCGUCUUCCUCUUCUCUCUCUUCUCCUUCUUUCCCCAUUCACAACUCUUCCUCUACUCCUACUACUCAUGCACCUUUAGGGUUUUCUAAUAAUCUUCAGGGUGGAGGACUCUUGGGAUCAAAGGUGGUUAAUGAUGAUCAGGAGAAUUUUAGAGGAGGAAUUAAUAAUGAUGCCCAUUCUAAUUCUUGGUGGAGGUCAAAUAGUGGGAAUGGAGAUAUGAAGAACAAAGUAAAGAUAAGGAGGAAACUAAGAGAGCCAAGAUUCUGUUUCCAGACAAAAAGCGAUGUCGAUGUUCUCGACGAUGGCUACAAAUGGCGUAAAUAUGGUCAGAAAGUUGUCAAGAACAGCCUUCACCCCAGGAGUUAUUACAGAUGCACACACAACAACUGUAGGGUGAAGAAGAGAGUGGAACGACUGUCUGAAGAUUCUAGAAUGGUGAUUACUACUUACGAAGGUCGUCACAACCACAUUCCCUCUGAUGACUCCACUUCUCCUGACCAUGAUUGUCUCUCUUCUUUCUAA